AUGGCACCAAGAAGUUCUUUGAUCCGCUUCGCCUUCGUCUGCAUUGUCUUGGCCGUGUUGGUCAUGACUGCCGAGUCGCACAACGGACACGUCCAUGCUCCGUCACAUGCUCCAGCUCCAUCGCCACAUGGAACCAAGGGUGAGGCUCCAGCUCCAAGUGCUGCCACUUUCUCCGCCUACCCUCAGCUCAUCGCCACCGCAUUGGUCGCUGAUUCGACGUUUGCCUUAUCCGUUCGUUGUCUCAUCAUCUUCUUCCUCCUCGCCUCUGAAUUAGUUUACAGAAUCUGCAAUUUCAGAAUUCGGGUUAGAAAAAUGGCGCAGAUGGUUGCGAUGCCCGUAGCGCACUCGCUCUCUCUCAUUUGCAAUUGGACGAAAUCCAAUCCUCUCUCUCGCAACACUGUUGCUCUGCCAGCUUCAAACGCUCCCAAUAAGCAGAGUCUAAGCAUCCGGUGCGCUCGUGUUGGAGGUGUGGAGAUUCCGAGCAACAAGAGAAUUGAGUACUCUCUUCAGUACAUUCACGGAAUUGGACGGACAAGGGCUCGCCAGAUUCUCGUUGAUCUCCAGAUGGAAAACAAAAUCACCAAAGACAUGGCCGAGGAAGAGCUCAUCAUUCUUCGUGAUGAAGUCUCCAAGUACAUGAUCGAGGGUGAUCUGAGGAGAUUCAAUGCUCUUGCGAUCAAGAGAUUGAAAGAGAUCCAGUGUUACCGUGGGGUAAGGCAUAUCCAAGGGCUGCCAUGUCGUGGACAGAGAACCAAGAACAAUUGCAGGACUCUUAAAGGAAAGAAGAUUGCCAUUGCAGGGAAGAAGAAGGUUUCUAAGUAA